AUGGAAUCCGUUCCAAGGAAGCGUAGAGGGUAUACCAAGGGCUCAGAGGAGGUCAAACAAGGUUAUGGAAGCAUAAUUUGGUCUUCUAGGUUCAAACCGUCCUGCCUCUUUGCCCAAGUGGCUGGCUGGAAAGUUUCUGGCGGGCCUCGACGCGUUGCGCUGUUCGACUUGGACAACACGCUGAUAACAACCAAGACUGGUGGUGUAUUCUUCCUCGACUGCGGCGACUGGAAAUGGUUCACGCCCGUGAUUCCCAAGAAAUUGCACGAGCUUCAUGACAAUGGUUAUCUCAUCUUCAUCGUCACCAAUCAAUUAUGUCCACCGGGUGUCGAGAGCUCGGAAAGCUUUUAUAACGACUGGAGACGUCGCUUCGACCGGGUGGCGACCGCGCUCCAGGGCGUACCAUUUCGCCUUCUUGCGUCCGUUCGAAAUGACUGGUAUCGAAAACCACUCCCAGGAAUGUGGGAGGCUAUCGUGCAGUUACUUAAAGAGGAAGACAUGGAACCUGACCUCGCAAACUCCUUUUUUGUCGGCGACUUUGCUGGACGUCGGGCAGACAAGUGCUCCAGUGAUUUCAAGUUUGCGCAGAACAUUGCAAUCGCAUUGCAUACCCCUGAUGAGUAUUUUCUGGGUCGACCAGUGGAAACACGAAAGCCCAAGGGUUUCCACCCUAGUAUGAUCGUCCAACACGAACACUGGUUUCAGCCAUCUAAUACCCCACUCGUCCCAGCCGUCAAGGCCCGCAAGCCCAUUCUAAUCCUGUUUGUGGGACUUCCUGCCAUCGGCAAGAGCACUUUAUAUCGAAAAUAUUUUGCACAAGCCGGUUACAUCCACAUAAACAGCUCUCGUACGUCGGAGAACAUGACUGCUAUCGAAGAGGCGUGCUCCAAAGGCAAGAGUGUUGUCGUAGACAGAAUCAACGGCACCAAAUGCGAGCGGCAAGACUAUGUCGACUGCGCAAAGAAGCUCAACAUGAGCGUUCACUGCAUUUGGUUCGCAGAUACUGACGUCGCGUGGCACAAUAAUAUGUAUCGAGCCCUAGGCCGAACCGAAGCUCUUAGAGAGAUCGAGGGAGAUUCAAAGUUGAUCCCUUGUAAAGACUUUAAAGAUAUUCAGGGUCGAUUCGAAGAGCCGGCCAGGGCGGAAGGAUUCAAAGACCUGAAAAGGAUCUAUUUCCGGUUCGAGGGGACCGAAGAGGAGCGCAAGCGAUACAUGCUAUGGUACCCACUAUCUUAG